UUCACCUGGAAACGUCACGACACUGUCAGGAAAAAAGGGUCGUUAGAGUCCAUGUUUAACUUUGGCAGAAGAGUUUUUCCAAGUUUGUUUUAUUAAACGAGAUUCACACCGGUGAAGGCUCCAGCCAACUUCUAAACUAGUUUGGCUGCUGUGAAAACGCCUUUGUGUGGAUACAAUGUCUGCUUCCGCCAUAUUUGUGUUGGACUUAAAGGGGAAGGUGUUGAUCUGUCGUAAUUACAAAGGUGAUGUGGACAUGGUGGAGAUCGACAACUUCAUGCCUUUACUCAUGCAACAUGAAGAAGAAGGACUUCUUUCUCCUGUAAUGGAACGUGGCAGUGUUCACUUUCUGUGGAUCAAACACAGCAACCUGUACCUGGUAGCCACAACAAACAAGAACUCCAACGCUUCGCUUGUGUACUCAUUUCUGUACAAACUGGUUGAAGUCUUUACAGAGUACUUUAAAGAGUUGGAGGAGGAGAGCAUUCAGGACAACUUUGUGGUCGUCUAUGAGCUCCUGGAUGAACUGAUGGACUUUGGUUUCCCCCAAACUACAGACAGCAAGAUCCUCCAGGAAUACAUUACGCAGGAAGGUGCCAAGCUUGAGGUGGCAAAGACGAAGGUGCCAACCACCGUCACCAAUGCUGUUUCCUGGAGGUCAGAGGGCAUCAAGUACAAGAAGAACGAGGUCUUUAUUGAUGUCAUAGAGUCCAUUAAUGUUCUGGUUAAUGCGAAUGGCAGUGUGAUGAGCAGUGACAUUAUAGGCAGCAUCAAGCUGAAGACAAUGCUGUCUGGCAUGCCUGAGCUCCGACUGGGCCUGAAUGACCGAGUUCUUUUUGCCCUCACAGGACGAGACAAAGGGAAGACGGUCGUGAUGGAAGACGUGAAGUUUCACCAGUGUGUACGUUUGUCACGCUUUGAGAGUGACCGUACCAUCUCCUUCAUCCCUCCAGACGGGGAGUCUGAACUCAUGUCCUACCGCAUCAACACUCAUGUGAGGCCUCUGGUAUGGAUUGAGUCCGUCAUUGAGAAAUUCUCUCACAGUCGAGUGGAGAUCAUGGUUAAGGCGAAAGGCCAAUUUAAAAAGCAGUCUGUGGCUAAUAAUGUAGAGGUAAGUGUCCCUGUCCCCAGUGAUGCAGACUCACCCAAGUUUAAAACCAGCACUGGUAAUGCCAAAUAUGUGCCUGAGAAGAACCUGGUGAUCUGGACCAUCAAGUCAUUCCCUGGGGGUAAAGAGUUUCUAAUGAGGGCUCACUUUGGUUUGCCCAGUGUGGAAAAUGAUGAGCUUGAGGGCAAGCCUCCUAUUACUGUCAAAUUUGAAAUCCCUUACUUCACAGUGUCAGGAAUACAGGUGCGAUAUAUGAAGAUCAUAGAAAAAAGUGGCUACCAGGCUUUACCGUGGGUCCGAUACAUUACACAGAGUGGAGAUUACCAGCUGCGGACUAAUGUGUAAAACCUCACAGGACUUCCAAAA